AUGAGAAAGUCUAAGACGUCAACGUCAACAACCAAGACGUCAACGUCAACGUCAACAACCAAGACGUCAACGUCAACAACCAAGACGUCAACGUCAACAACCAAGACGUCAACGUCAACAACCAAGACGUCAACGUCAACAACCAAGACGUCAACGUCAACAACCAAGACGUCAACGUCAACAUCAACAACCAAGACGGCCAAGACGACCAAGCAGUCCAAGACGACCAAGACGACCAAGCCGUCCAAGCCGUCCAAGACGACCAAGACGACCAAGCCGUCCAAGCCGUCCAAGCCGUCCAAGACGACCAAGACGACCAAGACGACCAAGCCGUCCAAGCCGUCCAAGACGACCAAGACGACCAAGCCGUCCAAGCCGUCCAAGCCGUCCAAGACGACCAAGACGACCAAGACGACCAAGCCGUCCAAGCCGUCCAAGACGACCAAGACGACCAAGACGACCAAGCCGUCCAAGCCGUCCAAGCCGUCCAAGACGACCAAGACGACCAAGACGACCAAUCCGUCCAAGACGACCAAGACGACCAAGACGACCAAGACUACCGUCAACGUCGACGUCAACGUCAACGUCGACCACGGUAAAAGCCCGAGCGGCUUUCACGUGCAGCAGGAGGAGCAGCAACUACAGCGAGUAAAGGGAGGUAAAGGAGAGCUAGCUCUUCUCUUCUCUGGUAAGAGGACUUCGGAGGAGGCAGCAACGGCAGAGGAGGAGCGACGGCGGGAGAAAGAGCUCUUCCUCGUCUUUCUUUGGAGCUUGCGGGAACAACGGCAGGAGGAGGAGCGACUACGGGAGAGAGAGCUCUUCCUCUUCUUUCUCUGGUAA